GCGACGUUCCUGGUCGCAGUUUUCUUUCAAUCGGCGGCCAAUGGAGAAGCUCGUAAUAAUCGGAUUUCUGAUUUGGGGAUUGAUCCUGAUCGUGAUUCCCAGAUCGGUGGAGAGCAGACCAAGCAGACCAAUGGAGUUGCAGUCGCAUUAUGUACAGGCCAUUGCCGCCUAUCGUCGGCUAGAACGCAUCCUGCCGAAAGAGGAACUGCGGGCAGUCACCAGUUUGGGUUUGCUAAAUGGAGCCCGUCAGGCUGAGGAGCAAAUGGAGCAGCACCUGGUGAAGGCCAUCCGGGACUUGCUGCUGCAAAUGAAUCUCACCGAGAGUGGCAGUGUCAUGAUGGGCAAAAUCGAUGCCAUCGAAGAGCAGUUGUUGCGCGAUCAGAGGGCCCUGGAAAUCCUAACGCGAGUAAUGGAUGUGGUAUCACAGGCCAAGGAUGACCAUGAAUUCCGGGCGGAACUUAGGCAGAUGGCUCAGCAGCAGAAGGAGGAGGAGCUGCUCAACCAGCAACUGUCCGCCGAUCUCACGGAUCAGCCCAAACUGGGCCAGCGAUUGGGCCAACUGAGGAGCCACAUCAUCAGGCAGGUGCCGCAGCUGAAGAACGAGUUGGAGGCCAAAAUAGAGCUGGCCCUGCAGCACUUGCUGCAGCAUGCUGCCGAGGAUGGCCUACUGGGCAGGGCCAAGCAAAAGGUGCUCCACAAAAGGCAGAUCAAGAAGGGAGUGGAUCAAAGGAAACAGCAGCAGCAGAAGCAGCAGGAGCAGCAGGAACAGGACGAGGCCGAGCAGCGACAAAUGCCCGAGGAAAUGAGGAUUAUCAAGUCCAUACUGUCAGAGGCUCAUGACUUGCGCUUCCAGGAUGACUUUCAGGAAAACAUGCUGGAGCAACAGCCGGCGAGGCGCCUCAAAAUAGAGCCUUCAACCCCGGAUCUCGAUGACCUGGAAAUAAAUGUAAAGGCGCCCAAUGUUACAGCCAAGGCCAAAGGUAAACCCAAAACGAGUGCCAAGCCGGAGAAACAGGUGGAGGCGCAGGCGGAGGGCACCGGCUCCUCGGAAUUGGCCACAGAUGACAGCGAUGACCUUGGCGACGGGGAUCUUGGAGCCGGUGACGAUGAGGGCGGAGCAGGUGGCGGCGGAGGAGGUGGUCUGGUGGGCCUCAUUGGCAGUCUCAGUGGCGGCGAAGGAGGCUCCGAUGUGGGCGCUCUGAUCGGUGCCCUCACUGGCCUGGUUUCCACCUUAUUUGGCCCUGGUGGCCUGGACGUUCAAGGCUUGAUUCAAACCGGAAGUUCGCUGAUUUCCGGCCUUCUCGGUGGCAACAAGAACUUUGGUCUCGUUCUGGGUCAAUAUGUGGGCACAGCAUUGGAUGGCUUGUCUGGAGGUGGGGGAGCGAUCAACAAUGGCCAGUUUGUGGGCAACUUCUUGGGCACUGUGUUGGCCGCACUCAGCGCAGAUCCCGAGGAGGAGGGUCCGCCGCAACCUUUGACCUUUACCAAGAACCUGAUCACCAGCUUUCUGGAGGCCAAAUUUCGGCCAAAUUCGGAGGAGGGUUCGGAGGAACGUCAUGGCAGUGCCGAGCUGCCACGCCCCCGCAAGAAGAAGGAAGGGGGCGGCGGUUGGGCGGCUGCGGCGGCCAGUAACUUUGAUUCCGGUGGCUUUGUGAAGCAUUUGGCCUCGCAUUUGGUGAGCAAUGCCCUGGGAUUGGUCCUGAACGCCGGACUGGGGGCAGCCGGAGGAGCCUCGAGUGCAGCCAAGAACAUCUUCGCCAGCAGCAGCAUGGGCCAUCAUGCCAAACCGGCGGAGCACCAUCAUCGAUCUGGGCACGCCUACUACGACAAUGAGCCAUUCUAGCCAGCUAAAGUUGAAGUCAUCACAUAAUAGUAAUAGUUACGUUAAUUGUUUGUGUUUUCUUUUUUUUUUUGCUAGUCUGUAAACGAAAUUAAAAAAAAAACAAAGCGAAAGACUUGUUGUGUUGGUCACUUGGGCAGCUAAGAAAGCGUAAAACAGAGGGGCUCUCUAAAUCAAAUGGCGUAACCACUCGGACAUCUGAUGCAAGAGAUCCACUGGAAUGGGAAUUGGAGCUGGACUGGAGUGGUGAAGAGAAAACCACUCCCCCAAGGAUUCGGUGGGGCAAAUCACUGGGUCGAAAGAAAGAAAGCGAAAGCGCUGAACAAAAAAAGCGGAAGUUAAAACCAAGUGAACUCAGGGGGCACAGCUUCAGAGUUCAUUGCCUAAAACAAAAGUUCACAGGGGGCAGCAUAGAGGAAUGAACUUUGGAGUGCGGCUUAUGGGCUUGUGGUGGCAAAUAUAGUUGACAAUUGACUGCUCACAAUUUACAAAGAAUUCUUAAUUUAAAAAUUGUUUGUUUAAUAAGACUAUACCCUUUAUUAUACCCAUUAGUUGCCUUUGACUUUUAGGGAUACUAUAGUUGACAAUUAAUUGCUUAUAACUUACAUUAAAUUCUUUAUUUUUAAAUUAUCUUUUUUAUAAGACUUCUGAUUUUUAAGGAUUUAGCUGAGAAUAUAGUUGACAAUUGAUUCUAUAUAAUAAACAAUGGAUUGUUAAUUUUAAUAUUCUUUAUUAAAUAAGACUCAUUAGUUGCCUUUGAUUUUCAAG